AAGAUGAUGAGAUAGGAAUGAGCUGAGAGCAAGAGAGGGGCAGAAAAGCAAAACCAGAAGUAUAGAGAGACAGAGAGACAUUUUAGAGAGAGAGAAAGAGGAACCGUAUACCUAAAAAAGAGGGAGAAGACAAGAGUAAAGAUAAAAAGGUGAGAGAGAAUGAAAGCAAGGGCUUCUUGACCUCUCAGGGCCCCUUUUCAAUUCCAGCAAUUGACUAUACAUACAUACACAUAUACAGAGCAUAUAGAGAGAGAAAAAGAAGAGAGGAGUUUUAGAGGGAAAAAGUGAGUGAAUCAGUUGACAGAUACAUCCAUUCCUAAUAAUCAUACCUCAUCAUCAUCUUCUUCUUUCUCAUACUUUGUUCAUGACAUAGUCAACUAGGUAUUGUUCACCUUCAGUUUGCUCAUCAAUGGACUCACCACCACCAGUUGAAGAGCUUCUGAAGAAGAUCCAAGAACUCGAAGCCGGACAAGCCCAUCUCAAACAAGAGAUUUCGAAGCUCGCGACUUCCAACGAUCAAAAAUCGGACCAAAUUCAACAACAACAACAUGGUGGUGGUUCCCACCAGAGGUCCCACUCAGUGUCGCCGCAGAGGUCGGCGAUUUCGAGGCGGAGAGGAGGCGGUGCCGGAGGGUUCGACGGUGGUGCCGCGGCAUGGAAGAAAGGUUCGGCGUCGUUUCGGCAUCGGCAUUCAUCGCCGUUGCAGAGGGAGAGUCGGAGUUGUGACACUUCCAACGCCACCACCGUUGGCGGUUGCGCCGAGGAUGGGGGUGAUGGUGGGCCGGCUGCUGUUAAGUUUACUGAUAGGCAGUAUUUGAAUAUAUUGCAGUCAAUGGGUCAGUCAGUUCAUAUAUUUGAUCUUAACGGUCGUAUAAUAUACUGGAAUCGAACUGCAGAACACCUUUAUGGUUAUUCUGCUGCGGAAGCUCUCGGGCGGGAUGCGGUUGAGCUCCUAACAGAUGCCAGAGACUUUUCUAUGGCUAAUAACAUAGUACAUCGUGUGACAGCAGGGGAGAGCUGGACUGGGCAAUUCCCUGUUAAAAAUAAAAGAGGUGAUAGGUUUGUAGUCAUUGCAACCAACAGCCCGUUCUAUGAUGAUGAUGGUACUUUGGUGGGGAUUAUUUGUGUAUCCAAUGAUUCGCGUCCCUUUCAAGAAAUGAGAGCUACAUUGUCACAGUCUGGUAUAAAGUACUCAGAUGCGGAUUCGAUCUUUAGCCGGCCUAGAAACAUUGCUUCAGCUAAGCUUGGUCUUGAUCCUGAGCAACCUCUCCAAGCUGCAAUUGCCUCAAAAAUAUCAAAUUUGGCUUCCAAAGUGAGCAACAAGGUUAAGUCUAAAAUAAGAACCGGAGAGAAUAACAUGGAUCGCGAAGGUGGGAGUGGAGACAGUCAUCAUUCUAAUCACGGGUUCUCGGAUACGGCUCUCUCUGACAAUAGAGAAGAUGCAACUUCAAGUGGAGCUAGCACGCCCAGAGGAGAUAUACUCCCAACUCCGUUUGGAGUAUUUUCUCAGGCUGCACACGAGGAGCACUUCUGUGGAAAGCCCUCAAGGGAUUCUGGUACUGACAGAGAAGGGAAACCUAGGAUCCAAAAGAUUAUUACAUCAAAAGCAGAGGCAUGGAUGAAUAAGAAGGGGAUAUCAUGGCCGUGGAAGGGAAAUGAGAGGGAAGGGUCAGAGGCAAAGGCCACCCAUUUUGUCUGGCCCUGGUUGCACAAUGAUCAAGAGAAUGACUCAGAACGUCUAAAGAGUUCCAGUUCUGUUGUAAAACCAGAAAGUCAAAUGGGUGAGAGUAAUAGGCCUGCAAAUAAUGAGGCUUCAGGGUCCUGGUCAUCCUCGUUUAAUGUCAACAGCACAAGCAGCGUUAGUAGUUGUGGAAGUACAACCAGUAGUGCUGUUAAUAAGGUGGACAUGGACUCAGACUGUCUGGACUACGAAAUCUUGUGGGAGGACUUGACAAUUGGAGAACAGAUUGGCCAAGGUUCUUGUGGAACUGUAUAUCAUGCUCUGUGGUAUGGAUCAGACGUCGCUGUCAAGGUAUUUUCCAAGCAGGAAUACUCAGAUGAUGUGAUAUUUUCCUUCAGACAAGAGGUAUCUCUCAUGAAAAGACUUCGACAUCCAAAUGUUUUGCUCUUUAUGGGUGCAGUAACUUCACCUCAGCGUCUCUGCAUUGUUACGGAGUUUCUUCCACGUGGAAGUUUGCUUCGGUUACUACAGAAGAAUGCAUCCAGAAUAGAUUGGAGACGGCGUGUUCACAUGGCUUUGGACAUAGCAAGAGGCAUGAAUUAUCUUCAUCAUUGCAACCCACCUAUUAUUCAUCGCGAUCUGAAGUCUUCAAAUCUUCUAGUUGAUAAAAACUGGACAGUGAAGGUAGGCGAUUUUGGUUUGUCACGUCUCAAACACGAAACAUUUCUCACAACAAAAACUGGGAAAGGAACGCCUCAAUGGAUGGCACCAGAAGUUCUUCGUAAUGAACCCUCAGAUGAGAAGUCUGAUGUAUACAGCUAUGGAGUGGUAUUGUGGGAAAUUGCCACAGAGAAGAUCCCUUGGGAGAAUCUCAACUCAAUGCAGGUUAUUGGAGCUGUAGGGUUCAUGAAUCAACGGCUAGAUAUCCCAGAAGACUUGGAUCCACAGUGGGCUUCUAUAAUUGAGAGCUGCUGGAACAGUGAACCACAAUGCCGCCCAACGUUCCAGGAAUUGCUAGAAAAGCUAAAGGAUCUUCAAAGACAGUAUACUAUUCAAUUUCAGGCAGCUCGUUUUGCCACAGGAGAUAGUAGCCAAAAAGAACUGUAGACACCAAUGGUGUAUGCUUGUGCUUUGUCGCCAGCUCAAGUAUUCUCAUCUUCGUCCAGAUGUUUGCACCUGCCACAAUGGCCGCGAUGGGUUGACUAUUGUCACAGGUUGCCACAAUUGCUUGUGGUAUCGGAACCACAAAUUCAAAUGCAGAUUUGAGAUGCAGAUUUGAGAUUUGAGCACACCGUGGCCAGAUGAAGAAAUGGAAGGCUUAGACACUGGUGGUCGCUUAUGUGGGGUCUUGGUCGGUCGUGUGGUGUUUUUUGACACCAUAAAAUUCCUGUUACUCGUGUUCUUUUAUUGGAUUCAUGUGAUGGAAAUCAAAUUUCAUUCAGUGAUUGAUUUUGUCAUUUGAGGUCCUCUGGAUUAAUUUGUGAUAUUUAUGAGAGAAUGUUAGAAAUACCAUAGAAACAAUUGUACAUAAUUAUCACAAUUUUUUUAACUGAAACGAAAACCAUCCUCGUGUUCUAAGCUAAGAUUUAUGACCAUAUAAACAAUUUUUUUUCCUAGGUCUGUCCAGAUUUAAUUUUUGUUGGGCGUCAAUGUUUUAACCCAUGCAUUUGCAUCCUAAAGUUACUUCCUAUUAGGGUUCUAUAACAUGCGUUCGCUUGAUGGAAGAAGGAUUACAUUUUUACUCCAAUUCUCAAUUUCCAGUCAAUAGAGAGACAACUUGAAUCACUCUGCACAAGGGCCAGUGAUGGAUUCUCAGCACUUCUUGAUCCUACCCAUAAAGCACCACCAGCUAGGAGUGCUUUUGGGAUUUCAACCAGUACACCAUCUUUUCUCCGUUUUCAUUCCAAAAGUUGAACUUAUUAUGUUUGUACUCCCUAAUAAUUUUCUCAUUAGUGCAAUCGUAGAUGUUUGAGCUCAAUCAUGAGAACUCAAAUUCAAGUCAAAGCAGUAACUUUGCACAAAAAAUAAAAUAAAAUAAAAUUUCAGAGUCUAGUCUGUGUAUCCAGUCAUGGACUGACUGAAUAAUGAUCUUUUAUGAGGUACACAGUCAGAACCCAAUUUGAUCCUUAGAUCUCAGUAGGAUAGAAACAUUUAGAAAAGGAAUACUGUUUUUAAAAUGCCUUUGCAACCGGUAUGGAUGCAUAUUGUUGUAAGUGAAAUAAGCAUAUGAAGAAAAAAAAAAAAAAAAAAAAGGAAAAA